CACACCCGCUUCCAGCGCCUCGUCUCUCUGUCUCUCUGUCUCUCUCUCAAAUGCGCGGAGAUUAUAAUCGAUUUAAACACUGUUUAUCGGGUUUGUUUAAAGGGCAUCCCAAGAGUGGCAAUCAAGAUUGAUAGAAGCUUGGUGUAGACAAAGAAUUACUUUUUGGCUUUUGUUUUGAAAAAUCCUGCAAAAUGUCCGGUGUACAUAGUUCAGCAUUGAAUGGAUCAAAUUCAAAUCUCCCAGAUGCUACGGGAAGAGCUUUUGCCACACCCUUUUCUGCUCCACCCGCUUCAUCUGGUGCUGUUUUGAAUCAGUCUGGUGGUAUACAGUAUAAAAAGUUGUUCGAGUAAUCAACAUCUCUACUCGCUGAGGAUAUAUGAGGGUGACUAAUCAAUACUCAUCUGAAGGAACCUUCCAAGGGCCACAAAAUAGUCACGGGAACUUCAAUAUAUCAAUCAUGCCCGGGACUUUUGCAUCAAGAAAUUCGACAGAUAUAGGCGGUCUUCCCAAUAGUGUUCAACAAGUUGCAGGGAAUGUAUCUAAUGGGAAAUUUGCAAUGAACAGUAUUCCUGCCGCACUUGUUCAGUUAUCUCUUGGAAGGUCACAUGGACAUGGAGGUGUUAACAACAUGGGAGGUGUUUUGCAAAAUAUGAGAAAUAAUGGACGAAUUACGAACUCUGUGGGCAGUCUUAAUUACAGUGGUAUUACUACAAGGGGUUUAAGGUCUGCUGGAGUGGCAAAUAUCCCUGGUCUUGCUUCUCGCUUAAAUUUAUCUGGUAAAAUAAUUUCUAGUUAUGGUUUUCAAUUGGGAUAUCAGAGUUGCUGGCCAUCUGACUGUGGCGCCUGUAAUGGCAGUAAAUUAAAAAUAGAAAAUUUUAAACCCUUGACAUAGUUUCAUCUUGACAGUAAAACUUUGCUUAUUGACAUCAAUUUCCCAUAGAAGUUGGCGAAACCUUGAGUUCUUAUGCGUGUUUGGUUGUUUUUCUUACUUCAUAUGCUCUUAAUAACUGUAAUUUUGGAUGUUCAAUUUUAGAUCAGUGCAGAUUUAUUUCUUUCAUUUGUAUGCAAGCAUGUAGGCUUGGAACUUGUUGAUCCAAUCAUGAUACCAU